AGGAAGUGAAAAAUUUGCAUAAAAAUACAACUUCAGAUCACGCGCUUUUACGUAAAAUUUCAUGGAUUAGUCGUUGUCAAAGAACUCUUAGAUUCAACCGCUCUUUCUUUGGCAAUGGAAAGCCAGUUAACUACAGCCGAUGUUUACCAAACAGCCUCGCUUAUAGGCAAAGAUAUGGAACAGAUUAUUGAGACUUUCGGACACAAUGCAGUCAUGGAAUUGAUGCCGAAAGUGAUUCAAGUUUUAGAGCAGCUCGAGAUCGCCGUCGGGGAAAGAGAGAAGAGCGUGUUAGAGCUGGAAGAGAUGAGGAUGCAGAAUGAGAGGUUGAUGACGGAGGUCACGAGAGAAGCCAGUCAACAUCGAAGACUUGAUGAGGAGUUGUAUCAGUUCAAGAAUCAGUCUUCAAGAGAGAUUUCUGAACUUAUAAACACUUUGGAAAAACUAAGGGAUGAAAACCAAAGUUUGCAUGCUGAAGAAAAAGCUCAUCGAUUGGAAAAAAAAGAGGAAGUCCAACAGCUGUCAUCAGCCGACCUUGCCAUCAUUGAACAGAUGAAGUCGACCAUUGACAACCAACGAGAUGAGAUUCGGAGUAAAAAUAGCGAAAUUGGAAGUGUCAAGUCUGACCUUGAAGCUAUGGAAGAACAGGUCGACCGUCUUGCAAACAUCAACGAAACUAUUCGUCGCAAUCUCGCGUUGCAAAAAUCCCGAAACUCAACGCUCGCCCAAGAGAAAGCCGACCUUGAAGCGGACAUUAAUGUCCUAAAGCAAAAACUUUCAAAGAACACGAACGGCGCCGCCAUUAGACUCAACAAUGAGUUUGACAAACUGGAGAAGAACGAUGAAAAAUUGGCCGCGAAAACGACAAAUGGCGGCGUAUCGCCCGGCUCCAAGGACCCAAACAGACCUCGAUUUACCCUGAAAGAACUUCAGAAAGUCUUGAAAGAGAGAAACGAGCUAAAAGAACAAGUCAUCACUUUGCAAGAGGAUUUGGCGUUUUAUAAAAAAUCGAGCGAGGACGAAGUUGAUGCGGCAUCCUUGGAGCUGAACACAUCACCGGAAAAAUCAAAGGAAAAACACGAACAUACUAAAUCAGGAAUCUCUAAACUGUUCAAGUUUUUGUGGAAGGAUGAAAGCAAGACUCCGGUAAAAACAGACGAUUACAUAGCCGUACCUUCACCCACGAUUUAGCUACCAUAACGCUUAGCAUUCACUGUAGAAAACCAGCAAGCACGAGGGGUAUUGGGCACGAGGCACUAAUGCUACGUCAUCUGACGUCAGCGUGAUGGCGUCAAAUUUUCGCAAUAAGCUAGAAUCACCGAAAAUUCAGUUAGGAUCGAUCAAGUAAACAGGGAAUUUAAAAGAACCUGGAUUUAAAUGGGAUAAUUAUAUUAACAUGUAGUUUUCUGGGAAAACUAGGUGUCGUUAUGACGUUUUACCAAUUGAACUGGCAUAGAAUAUAUUUUUUUAAUUCUUGCGACUGAACUACCACGAAACAAGAAUGAAAUUAGUCUGUAUAUUAUUUUCAUAUUUGAAUUAGUCUAUUAAACUAUGAUGAAAGAAUUUGUUGCCAAGGAUAGGUAGUAUUAA